UUCUCGAUGCCAAUUGAGUUCGAUAACUGCAAAUGGUCGUUUAAUAACAGAUGAUUGAACGCGUUCCGCGGCGCGGCCUAGCAUUUAUCUGUCAAAACUAGUGACGGCCGGCCGAUCGACGAUGAGCCGGUUCACGCGUGCCUGUUGAUCGUUCACGCUACAGUUUUAAGUUAUCCGGACGAAUACAUUAAUGAUAGACGCGUGUGUACAUUUGUACGUACAGCAUUACGAUUCCCGAGCGGCACAAUCGUAUCGACCGUAAGUGUUCUUCGAAUAAUCGCGUUCAUUAUUAUGUGAUCGUGUAUCGGGAACGAACGAUACGCGGAAAGAAAGACAAAGAACGAGCGAAGGAAAGGAAAAAAAAGCAAGGAAAAUGCGAAACGUUCGAGUCGAUGUGUUCUGCUAUCUCAUCGUGGCACAACUUUUUCUAGCGCCAUUCAGUUACGCAGCUGGAAAUGAAACGGCUGUAUUUAAAUCCUGUGACAUCCACGACCUGAACGAGGAAUGUGGUUUACAUCAAAGAUGCUUUCAAUCGUCGAAGGAUGCAGAAUCACAAUGCAGAUGCGAGCAUGGUUACGAGCUGGAAGGAGAAGAAUGUAUUCAAGUUGCAACUACCACGGUUGCUAACAUAACCACCGAUCAUUUAGACGCCAAAGUCAACUCAAGAGGUAGCUCUGUAGCCGCUGGUUUACUGAUACCAAUCUUUCUCAUAGUACUGAUCGUAGUACUGUAUUUUGUCGCGAGGCAGUAUAAGUGGCUGCAACGAAUUCGACAGCUUCGUCCAAAUCAUUAUGGUAAUGUCCUAGUCACGAGAGACGACGACGACGAUGACGAUCCACCUAUAGCGUAAGCAGGUAUCUAAUAUUAACUAAUUUGUGUGCCGUGUACAAAUUGCGAAAGGCUUUAUCAAAAGCAAAAACAUUAACGCGGAGACGCUCAGUUACACAAUUGAUAAUUUAAAGCGACAAGCUUUGAGUUACCGCUACGUGGAUCGCCUUACCGAAUGACCGCAACAAAAAUUUAAUACCGGUUCACGUCCAAUUUCUUCGUCUUUCUGGACAGGUUGUGAGAAAAUCUCCAUCGAUUUCUCCGCCGGCUUUUCUAUAGACAAUGCAUUUAACCGCUUAUACCUCUGUAAUCGUGAUUUCGAGCAUUUCAUUCAACGUUCAACAUCGCACAUGAAAGUCUUCUCUUGAAGCUUGUUACGCUUAGGGAACAAUAUUGUGUAACUUUGUGUAUAUAUGGAGGAAAGGAUUAGGUGCAAGAUACAUGCGAGGGAAAAAUAUUCGUCGAACUGAAUUAAGAGGCUAAAUGUAAACGAGUGUCAGUGUAAGUAGAUGAGUUUUAUGCCGAUAUGCUAAAUUGAUUUUCGCCAACGUCUUUAUGUACAUUUAUGCGUGUACGCGGUGACAAUCGUUUCUAAACAUAUCAAACAUCCUUAUCGAUGGUUGAAAGCUGCGUAAACGUUUGGCAAUAUUACCAAUUCCUUUGCUCUACGUUCGAAUAAUUUUUCUACGAAUACUCGGAAUAUCUUGCAUAAAAAUAUUGCUACUUACACGAUCACCGAAUCUAUGUUUAUAUACGAUGGUUGUAAGGGAUACGGGAUAAUUGACUGCGUUUUCGAUAGUUUUUAAGGACAUAUUGAAAGCAUAAUUUUUUACCAUGAUAUUAAGAAGCUGGUCAGUAAAUCGUUACGCGUUAUCGAUAUAUUGUAUAAAAUCGAUGAUUAUCGCGGCCCAUCUUUCACUGUACUCAAAAUUUAGGACGAAUUAUCCGCGCUCGUAACAAGAUUGUAAUUUCGUGCAAUGAAAUUUGUGCAUGUGACGCGAUUAAUAUCGAUGCGAUCGUUUAUAAGCAAUGUAUUUCCUUCGUUAUUUCUUUCCAUUAUUAUCGUUUCUUACUCUGCGAAAUUUCUUAUAAAUCGAUGCUACAUCCGGAGUACCGAAAUCGUGUCAUGUGGAUAGAUUUUCCUCGUUCUCUCUGAAUGUCUUGUUCUUUCGAGGAUAACUCUCAAAAGCAAAUGUUACUUUACCAAAGAAUAAAUGUUUCAGGAUUUCAAUUAGUACAUACGUCCGAUCGCAUGCAAAGGCUCGAAGAAUCCUUCUGUUAAUUAAACAGUGUGCGUUCCGCAAGCAUUUCUGCGAUGCUGGUACAGUUACAUGCGUGGAUUGGAUUCAACGAGAGAAAGAGAGGGAGAGAGAGAGAGAGAGAGAA